AUGCCUCCAUCUGCGAAACGCAUACAGCGAUCGCGGCGUAAUACACACCAGGCCCAAUCCCCUCCAGAAAGGCCCGAAGAACCUUCGCCAACCCGCCCUUCAAAGCGUCGCAAGAAGGCUCCAGAACCGCCCCCCUCCGAACCCGCCGAGGACGACGAGUCGACUCUCACUGCCGACCCCUCUGGUCCUAGCAACUCGGACGAUCAACUCCUUUCGCAGGUUGUUCAGCAUCUAGCUUAUCCCAAAGAAGGCCCCAUACAAGCCAGUAAAGAUCAUGCCAAUGUCAUCCACGAGGCCAACCAAGACGGCGUCAAGGCUUAUGCCAAGAUCGCCGCCCAGGAUUGGACCUUCUAUGUCACCAAGCUCAACGUCAAUAUUGGCCGAGCCGCCGAUCCCGCCGCCUCGGGCACUCAGCAACAGGAGGACCCUGAGUCCGACGACUUUGUGCAUAUAGACCUCGGUCCCAGCAAGCUCGUCUCUCGACGCCAUGCACGUAUCUUCUUCAACUCGGAAGACGAGUCCUGGUUCCUCGAGGUUAUCGGCCGUAACGGUGUCAAAGCCAAUAAUAGUCCUUUAAAACAAGGUACUUCCCGUCCGCUCCAGAGCGGCGAGGUGCUCGAUGUUGGCGGCACGGAGAUGAUGUUUGUCUUGCCUACAGAAAUCAGCACCCUUCACAUCCACCCGAUUUACCUCAAGAGACUCGGUAUACCCAAGCAAGACGUGACGAGUCCCAUUCCACCACCUUCAGCUGCAGGCCCCUCAGACGAACCGCCUUCGUCACAACCAGCCUCUUCUGGAAGAUCUCAGCCAUUUCGUCAACCUAUCGCGCCUGCGCCUCCCGACUACAAGCGUCCCGGCACACCACCGUCCGCUCGAAGCAAGGUUCUGUCCGCGCAGCACAAGUCGCCUGGCUACUCCAGCUCAGGUACUCUAUUGCUAAGUGCCAACGAUGUGGACCUCAGCCAGGAUGACAACAGGCACAUCAAACCGCAGUUCAGCUAUGCCCAAAUGAUAACGCAAGCUAUCAUCAACACACCAGAUGGAAAGCUCAAUCUGAACGGGAUCUACAAUUUCAUUACUGCAAAUUACGCCUACUACAGGCACCAGCCCGCAGCUGGCUGGCAGAAUUCCAUUCGUCAUAACCUUUCUCUCAACAAAUCGUUCGACAAGAUAGCACGAUCCACAGACGAGCCGGGCAAGGGCAUGAAGUGGCAGAUCGUUCCAGAAGCCCGCGAAGAGAUGACUCGCACAGCGUAUAGAGGGGGCAGAGGGGGCCAUCGUGGCUCUUCGGCACCCUCCUCGCCCAGUCAGCUCAACUACAUUACACAUGGUCCUGGGGAUGUGGUCACAGGUUCGGCCAGGAAGAGGAAACUCCGGUCCAUCGGAUCUCCGCCGCCAAGCUCAUCGCUGCAUGCGGUACAAUCCACACCUGAUCGUGCCUCUCGCCACCUUCCACCAAUGUCAACGGCGUUGACCGUCGAUGGAAGCCCACUGCCGCGACCACGUAGGAGUGCAGCGGCGCCAGCCUCGUCGAGCUAUACGAGCGUCCAAGACCAGUCCCCGACUCUAACAUCAUCAUACCUGCCAGAGGACGGAACUUCAUUCGUGACGCCCGCGCCUCACCGCGUGCAUCCAAGACUGGCUCCUCCCAGCACUGCGCAGCGGCCGAGCCAACACAUGCCAACUAGUUCGCCUGCUCCAUUCUGGAGGUACGCUGAUAUUGGCAGCACACCACUCAAACCCAUUGGUCAUCUUGACUUGAGUCCUACGAAAAUGGCUGGCCGGCUCCCUCCACAGAGCAGCAGCCCACCGCCCCGCUCUGCACGUUCACCAGUUACGAGCCCAACGCGGGGCCAUGACACGAGAGAACAGACAGAGGAGGCCGCUGCAGAACCACCUGAGGUUGAAGAGGAGGAAGGCUUUGAUCUGGCUAAGGGUUUCCAAAGCAUAGGAUCAUACCACGCUCCAGUCAGUCGUGGUCUUGCUAUAGCGAGCGCUCUCGGUGGAAACAAGCCUUGAUUUUGUGCUUCGCUGCGGAGAGUUAAGCCAUAGGUCCAGGUUCCAUGUUCCACAAGCUCCUUGAUGUUCGCCCCUGCCGGGCAGUCAGUGGUUUCUCGUGUGGCCUUGAAUGCUAAACACCUUGCUGUCUGUAGUCAAAAAUUAAGGAUCAUGC